AAUGAUCCAGAAUCAGAUGAACCUUUUGUAACUCAGAUUCAAGCAUACAAUCAGGUUCUUGCAUUUACAUCUUUAGGUGUAAACCUUGAUGAGAAACUUGCAAAUGCCAAAGAAGGGGUUUACACAUUCAGGAUUCAAGGAGAAUUAUAUCAUCAGAUUGGUGAUCUUAUGCCAAAAGAUAAUGAUAAAAAGCCAACAUUUGCUUAG